AUGCAGGUGGUAGAUAGCUUGGCGAUUCCAGGUACUGUUACCUUGGUGGAUGCCAACCACGUUCUCCAGACACAACAUCUGAAGCGUGGGAAUGGUGACAUUGUUCUCAUACCGGCGCCUUCGAAUGACCCGGAUGACCCCUUGAACUGGAGUCCAAGGAGAAAGCUCCUUUCGACCGUCUGUAUCAGCGUAUAUACCUUGUUUUCUGGCAUUGCCUGUUCCGUCGUCUACUCGGUCAUCACGCAGUUAUCGGAAGAGACUGGUUUAUCAGUCAGCACUCUUAACCAAGGGACGGGAUAUCUGUUUCUCCUGGCAGGAUGGGGCUUGCUGUUCUGGCAACCAUUUGCGAUGCAAUAUGGGAAAAGAUUGACGUAUAUCCUGUCGCUGGCAGGCAUUCUGGGAAUAUCGAUGUGGGGGCCGUAUGCAAAAACCGAAGGUCAAUGGAUCGCGCGCAACAUCCUCCAAGGUUUCUUCACUGCUCCAAUCGAAGCCUUGCCCGAGAUAUCAGUCACGGAUGUGUACUUUACCCAUGAGAGAGGGACCUAUAUGGGUCUCUAUGCAUUUUUCCUAGCUGGCAGUAACUACUUUGCGCCCGUGAUCUGUGGCUUCAUCGCCCAGUAUCAAGGAUGGCGAUGGGUAUAUUACUGGCCCAGUAUCUUCUGCGGAGGAGCAAUGAUAUUCCUGUUCUUCUUCAUGGAGGAGACAAAUUAUGUUCGAAAUCAGGUGGGGGCUGCGACGAUCGCCAACGUACGAAUUGGCUCAUCGCAAAGCUCAGCCAACAGCAGCGGAGUCCACGACCCGGAGAAAGCAACCACAGUAUCUGAUCAGCCCUCGCCGCCAGAGGAAGGUUCUGUAUAUACCAAAAAGACUUAUUUCCAGAAGCUGUCGUUGCUCGGCCCCAAGCAGACACACAACACCAUGUUCCGGCGAUUAUGGCAGAGUUUGUACUUCUUAACGUGGCCAGUGGUCUUUUAUGCCGGAUUCUCAUAUGGUUCCUAUUUGGUUUUGUUCAAUAUCCUGAAUGGUACCGCGUCUCUCAUUUUAGGAGGACCGCCUUAUAAUUUCGGCUCUUCUAUGGUCGGUCUGAGCUACGUGUCGUGCUGCCUUGGUGUGAUAGCUGCAUGCCUUGUUACCGGUCGCCUCAGCGAUUGGCUAACAAUCAAACUUGCCCGUCGCAACGGCGGUGUCAUGGAGGCAGAGCACCGGCUCUGGCCUUUCCUUACCUGCCUCCUGUUUGUGCCCGGAUCACUUCUGCUCUGGGGUGUAGGCGCUGCACAUGGCGUGCAAUGGUUCGGACUUAUCGUGGCCAUGUUCCUGCUUGCCUUCACGAACGCCUGUGGAAUCACUUUGAGUGUCAACUAUAUGGUUGACAGCUACAGAGAAUUAAGCGGUAUUGCGAUUGUUUCCAUCAUCUUGAUCCGCAAUACUAUGUCGUUCGCGAUCGGAUAUGGUAUCACGCCUUGGGUCGACAAUAUGGGGUAUCAGAACUGCUUUAUAUCCGCUGCGUUUAUAGGUCUCGCAUGUGCAUCUGUUUUCUUGGUCAUGAUCAAAUUUGGCAAGAGGUGCCGCAUACGCAGUCGCGAGACGUAUUGGAAACUUGUGCAAGAGAACUGGGAUAAGGGGAUGGGCCACUAA